AUUGGCUUUGGCUUGGGAUCUGCCACCUGGAAUGAGAUGGGACGUAGUGGAAAGUUUUUGAUAGAGUGCCGCGAUAAUGAGUGAGCAGCCACAACCCCAACUCCCAAACUCCAAGUCCGUCUGCGAUUGUAACUCGAGCGACCUCCGAUCUCGAGACCACUUGAGGCGUCCCUGUCUGUACCACGUCUGCGUUCUAUUUGUAUAAUUGAUUCGAUUCCCCCGGCCGGAGAAGGCGGUUUAAUGAACCAUGCUUUCAUUGCGACCAUAACUUCAGAUUGUCUACCUGGCCGCAGGCCACAAAUAGACGAAAGCACUCGCCAAGAUGGCAAAAAAAAAAAGAAGUAGCCCCAGCUAGACCAAAGGGAAUCACAGAAUUACAAAACAAAACACAAAACCAAAACAAAAAUCAAAACCCAUCAGCUGGGCUUAGAUGGAUCACUGCCCGGGGCCAUAAAGAGAAACCGGCUUCUAUUGACCGCGAAUGCGGCUAUAAAAGCAGCGAUCACAUCCCAGACCGGUAUCAGAACUUCCCCAAACGUUCUAGCAAGUCAUAGUUAUUCUCAAUAUGAACUCCUACUUUGUGAUUGCUUUGAGUGCUGUCUUUGUGGCUCUGGCUGUUGCCUCGCCCAUUGAACUGAACGAGGACCAAAAGGCUUUGGCCAAGCAGCAUGGUGAGCAGUGCGCUGCCGAACUGAAUUUGACCGAAGAAGAGAAGGCCAAGGUCAAGGCCAAGGACUUCAAGAACCCCACCGAGAACAUCAAGUGCUUCGCAAACUGCUUCUUCGAGAAGGUCGGAACCCUGAAGGACGGUGAGCUGCAGGAGUCCGUUGUCCUGGAGAAAUUGGGUGCCUUCAUUGGCGAGGAGAAGACCAAGGCCGCUCUGGAAAAGUGCAGAUCCGUCAAGGGGGAGAACAAGUGCGAAACCGCCGUGAAGCUGCACGAAUGCUUCGAGAGCUUCAAGCCCGCCGCUGAGGUUAAGGCCUAAGGACGAACAGGAGUUGAAGUUUGGCAAAUUGUGAUUCAUUUAAGAGAAAAAUAAUUUAAACAUUUGUAUGCUACAUUCGAAUAUAUGCUUUGUCAAAUUAA